AUGAGCAUCACUGCGUCGCUUGGUAGAGACCAUGAGAAAGACGAAGAUAGCGACGCUGCCGCCAAAGAAGAUGAUGGCCAAGUCGAAGGAUGCGAAGAAGAAGAGAAAGGCGCCAGCGAUGAUAUAGAUUAUCAUUGCGGGAAUGAGAAGAUCGUUGAGGGAACUAUCACGAUUGUUGCCAAUUGA